AUAUUUGUUGCUAUUUCUGGUUAUUGAGUAUUUUCGGUUCUAAAUUUUUAGUCAUUGUGACUGUUUUUAAAAAUUAUAAGCUAUUUAGAGAAUACAUUUUAAAAUAUAAUGGCCGGAGUUUCCAACUCAGAAAUCGAAACAGAUCUAAAACGGAUCUUAAAACUUGAUGAAGUUCAAGAACGGGUUGAUGAAAAAGGUCAAGAUUUUAAGCGACAAAAGCAACGAUCAAAAAACAAGAAAUCGAACAAAAAACACUGGCGCAACAAUAGUAGAAAAAAAUCACAAGCUGAAGAGUCAAGUAAAUUUCGCGAAAGUGAACAGCCAGUAGAUAAUACUCGAAACACAACAAUGAAUAAUAAUAAUAAUAUUCAAGAAACUGUUCAAACUUCAAUAUUACCAAAUCCGUCAACCAAGAAACACAUAAAUUCCGCUCACAAUUCAUCGCCAUCGUCUACGCCCAGAGAAUUAAGCAGUGCAAGUCAACAACAAGCACGAAAACAACAACAUUCUCUCUCUCCUACUCCUAUCUCUGCCGCGCAUAUUCCACCUCAAAUGAUACCUUAUACUGCACAUCAAGAACCUGUAUUUAGUGUCUCUCCCAAACAACAGCAUCUUCGUCAGACUUUUGAUUCCUCUUAUCAAAUCAAUCAAAAUGUGCCUUCCCAUUGUUUUGUGCAAGCUCAGCCUGUGCAUCACCAAAGGCCUAUUGCCAUAAAUCAAUCAAACCCUCGUCAACUUCAUAAUUUUAAUAAUAAAAAAUAUGUAGCAGAUCAUCAGUCAGCUCGAAGUCAUAAUCCUCCAAGGACACCAUCGCAUCCUUUUAAUCAAGGAAAAGAUCAAUAUAAUAUGCAACCACAACGAUUUGCGGACAAUCAUAAUAUGCUGUUAGGCAAUAAACCAGAUCUGAGAAUUGUACGGGAUAAUUCCGAAAGUCGGAGGGUAGGAUUUAGAUCAUCAGAACGAAAAAAAGAUAAAGAAAUAAUUCGAGAUACUCCUGAGUCUCACCCAAUUGAUCAGAAGUCACAACAGAAAGGUAACAGAUUCAAAGAAAAAAAGGAAAAGAAUGAAAAAACUGAAAGGAGCGAGAAAACCGAAAAACUCAAAUCUGCUAAUAGUAAGGAAAAAACGGACCCAGUAAAAAAAACUGUUCUUAAUCCUAGUCCAAGAACAAGACAAAAAAGUGAAAAUGAAAAAGAAAAAGAAAAGAAAGAGGAAAACAGCAUCCCUAAGGAAAAAGAGAAACCCAAAGAGUCAAACAAAGGCAGUCAUAUUCUGAGUAAAGAAGAGCAGAAAGAAUUUGAAGAAAAAAAUAGAGAAGAUAUAGCAAAAUUAAGGAAAGAGUUUAUAUAUCCGCUGAGCAAGAUAAAAGCAAAAUUUCCUUGGGCUAGAUUCUUUUGUCAACUGUGUGAUUUACAUCAAAGUGAUUUGGAAGAUGCAAAUAAACAUGGACAAUCUAAAAAGCACAUAAUUAAUUUGUUGCUGAAAAAGGAUAAACAAAUAGUAUUAAAAAUUCGUAACCCAUCCAAAAGCCACAAUGACCUGUUAACUGAAAUGAUUGAAACAGUUGUUGAGGAAAAUGGUUUGACAGAAGAUGAUUUUGACAACCGUUGGAAAGUAGCAAUUGAAUUGGAGCAACUAUUACGAGAAGUGCAUCCAAAAGUAAAGUUACAUAUUGUUGGUUCUACUGCUACUGGUGCCGGAAUUAAAUCAUCAGAUUUGAAUCUUGAUAUUGAAUUUGAUGACCCUGAAAUUUUACUCGAUGUGUAUCAGUUAUUACAAAAUAAUGAUUGCUAUACUGAUAUAAAAUUCAAUAAGAAAUGUCGAGUUGCUAGCGUUCAUGCUGUUAAAGAUGGUCUACCUUUGACUAUUACCGUUGCUCAAUCUAAUACCAGAGAUAUGACAAAAUUACUGAAAACGUUUAUGAUUAUAGAUCAAAGAGCAAGAAAAUUAUGCAUUGCUUUCAGAAAACUUGUGGAUGUUAUAGAUGGAGGGUGUUUAGAAAUGGGAAUGAUGCCAACUUUUAUUUACUACAUUAUGGUAGUAUUUUUCCUUCAACAGUCACCAUACCCUGUCUUACCAGUGCUACAUCGGAAAUUUAACAGAUCGGAUGAUGUAGAAAUAAUUUGGGAUCCUGCUUUGGCAGUUAGAAUUGGUUUAAAUGAGAAGAAAUUAAAUAAUUUAAGCCUGGGUGAAUUAUGGUUUGAUCUUAUAAUGUUUUAUGCCAUUGAAUUUAAUGCUCGAAGAUUUGUUGUAUCUAUCCGCCAACUCCAUGAUGUACGAAAAUAUGAUAGACGAUGGUUUAGGAAAGUCUACUCUGUUGAAGAUCCGAUGAACCCGAAAAUGAACAUGAUUAAAAGCUUAUCAGCCACUGGAUUUAAUUAUUUGCAAACUGCAUGGUACAAAGCAGCUUUAUAUUACGGCAAAAAGUUAAACAAAUUCUCCAAUGAAGAACCGUUGAUUAGACCUUGGGAUAUAGGAACAGGAAGAAAGUUAUGGGAGAAUACUGACGAUGAAAUAAGUGAUAACGAAACAAUAUCGAAAGAUGAAAUUGAUACUACAAAUGCUACGGGCAAAUCAAGAGAAUCACCAGAAGAGAUUCAAAAGCUAGGUAGGCAGUCACGAAAAGAAACUAAGGAUAAUUGUCAGAAAGAAGUGUCUGAGAAAGAUACUUUGAGGGAGGCUGAUACCAAAGCGACUGAGAUCGAUGAUAAGAAUGAGAACUUGAAUGAUAAAGUCAAAGAAGAAGAGGAAGUAGAGGAUGAAGAAAAUUUUAAAUUCACCAUUGAUGCUAAAAUUUUUAAUUUAGUUAAGCCUGCACCAUCUGUUUGCACGCUUUGUGACGAGGAGGGACACUCAAAAAUAAAUUGCCCCAAUGAAGAACUUCCAGAACUUGAGGAGCUUCCUGCUUAUAAUAAAAGCUGGGACAAAACUCUAACAGAUGUUCUGAGAAAAAUUCCUGAAUUAUGUGAGUUGAAAGAAAAAGAUUUCAUCGCAAGGGAAACAGUAAUGCAAACACUUGCAAAUCGAAUAUCCACUGAAUUUAAAGACGUAUGGCUUAGCUUGUUUGGUUCGUCAAACAAUGGCUUUGGAUUCAAAGAUUCUGAUAUUGAUGUCUGCAUGACUUUGCGCAGGUCGCCAGUCUUACCAAAGAAUAUACAUUCAGAAUACGUUAUUAAGAGGGUUUCUAAAGUUCUGAAACACUGUGGGGAAUUUAGAGAAAUCAUGGAUAUUCCCAGUGCCAAGGUACCAAUUGUUAAGUUUACCCAUAAGGACACUGGCUUAGAUGGCGAUAUAAGCUUGUACAAUACACUUGCUCUAAGAAAUACUAGACUAUUGUACACAUACUCUCAGAUUGAUGAAAGAUGUCGGAUUCUAGGUUAUACAAGUAAAAUUUUUGCUCGGAGGUGUGAUAUUGGCGAUGCGUCAAGGGGCAGUCUGUCUUCAUAUGCAUACAUUUUAAUGGUUAUUUACUUUUUACAACAAACCGAACCCCCUGUUCUUCCUGUUCUUCAAGAGCUCUACGACGGAUCUGAACCUCCAAAGUAUUACGUUGAAGGCUGUAACACAUACUUUUUCGACAACAUUAAAGAUAUAAUUGAGGGAAGAGUCUGGAAUUGUAACCGAAACACAAAAUCUGCUGGUGAACUCUGGCUAGAUAUGCUCAAGUUUUACACAGAGAAAUUUGACUUUUCCAAUACUGUAAUAUCUAUCAGACAAAAGAAAAGUUUAUCUACGUUGAAAAAACUUUGGACAGGAUGCGCUAUGGCUAUCGAGGAUCCUUUCGAUUUGAAUCAUAAUUUAGGAGGUUUUUUAACUGGUCGAAUGCGAAAUUUCAUACUACAAGCUUUUCGUCGAGCCCGUGUAGUUUUUGGAACACCGCUAGAUCAUAUUCCUGAUGAUUUUGAAUCUUAUGAGGAGUACCUAUUUUCUAGACAAGCUUUGUAUCCUGGAAAAGAGCGUCCUAAGGACAGACUCUGCCGCAAAUGUGGACACGUUGGUCAUACUUCAAGGGACUGCAAGCGCAAGCGACAAAAUUCUAGAGGAGAAAAACCAAUAGAUGAUGACGAUACCUGGUGGCGUCGUUCAUUUAGCGAAGUUGAAGAAGUGAAAAAGGAUAAGAGAAAUGCUGAUGAAAAUGGAAAAAAUGAUAAAGAAAAAUUAGAAAAGACGAUUUGA